AUGGCUUCCCAAACUGGUGAAGGAGGUGCGAAGAACAAUGCCAGCAAGCGCACCUUGGCAGAUUAUACCACAAUUGUGGGCUCUCAUCAUUUUAACAGCAUUGCAAAGCCAAGGGUCAACACUACAAAUAUGGAGAUGAAGCUUGCCUUGAUCCACCUUGUAAAGAGCAACCAAUUCAAUGGACUGUCCCAUGAAAGUCCAUAUGAGCACUUGACCACCUUCAAUGAGAUCUGCAACACUGUAAAGAUAAAUGGGGUACUUGAUGAGGCUAUAAAACUGAGCUUAUUCCCCUUCUCUCUUGGAGGUAAUGCUAAAUUAUGGUUAAGCUUUUUUCCUGAAAAUAGCUUCACUCACUGGGAAGAUGCGGUGACAAAGUUCCUCAACCAAUACUUCCCACAAUCAAAGAUCAACAAAGGGAAGCAAAAGAUCUCUUCUUUCAGCCAAGGCAAGGAGGAAACCUUGGGACAUGCAUGGGAAAGAUACAAAAGCUUACGGAGAAAGACGCCUACCCAUGGCUUUGAUGAAGGAACAAUAGUCAUUCUUUUCCUUGGAGGCCUUGAGUCACAAACUAAAUUGAUGCUAGAUGCCUCAGCUAGAGGCAACAUCAAAUGCAAGACCCUUGAUGAGGCUUAUGAAUUAAUUGAGAACAUGGCUGCUAAUGACAAUGAGAUGCACAGUGAGAGAGGAGCUCCUGCCCAACCUAAAGGAGUUUUUCAAUUACAACCUUAUGAUGCCUUGCUUGCCCAAAAUAAGAUCAUCACUCAACAAUUAGAGAUCCUGACUAAGAAGGUAAUGCAGCCACAAAAGGAACAUCAGAGCGUGGCACAGGUUCAACAACAGCUCUGUGAGUUAUGUGGUGGUGACCAUAUUAAUGGUCAAUGUGCAGUGCUCGAGAAUCUUAAUGAAGAUGUUAAUUACAUGGGCAACCAAAACCAGUUCCGUCCCAAUAAUUACAAUCAAAGGUGGAGAUCUCACCCAAGUAAUGGAUAG